AUGACUUCCAACUCCCAGCCUCAACCUCGGAGUGGUGCCUCAGUGCACGAAUACGGCAGAGACUUCUUAGCUUUCUCAGUUCAGCAUGGUAUACGCUGUGUACCUAUUGAUGAUGUGAUCGCUGUCGACAUCUUCCAUACCGAAGGAUCGUCGCCCGGAGUGGUGAAGAAAAUAUGGAACCUCAACGUCGCCUUUCGCUACGAUCAGGAAGAACUUGCCAGAGACAAGUAUGACCUUGUCAACUCACGCUUCCUUGCAGACAGUAUCGAUUCAACCAGAUGGGGGGCGUAUGUACAAGACCUCCACGACCGAUUGAGAAGAGGCGGCUGGCUUCAGAUGCUCGAAGCUCAUUUCCAUGUCCAAUCGCGUAGUGGAAGACCUUUGCAAUAUCUUCCAAGAUGGUGGAACAUCUAUAGUCAGGCCUUGGAAAGGCACAACAAAGAUCCAAGAGUUGGAACGGAAUUGUCGAGGUACAUGGCCAACGCCGGAUUUGUCAACAUAUCCAUGGAACCUAAGCAGCUGCCUGUCGGGGAAUGGCACCAAGACCCUCGCUUGAGGGAGAUAGGCAGGGAUAUGAAGCGGAUAGCUUUGCAAACUCUAAGGUCUUUGGGUAUAUGGCACUGUCGUCGGGCUGGAAUGCAAGAAGUCGACUUCGAAGAGCUGAUUGCUGGUUGUGAAAGGGAGAUGUCAGACACGAAUCUGCAACUCUACAUCCCAUUGUAA